AUGACCUCUGCAUCUGCCUCAUCCUCCACCCAGCAGCCAGAUAAGCACAAGCCCAAAUUCGACUAUGCAAUCGUACGCUCGGGCGUCGCAGGCGGUAUCGGCGCAUGCCUCGCUAAGACGGCCGUCGCACCUCUCGACAGAGUCAAGAUCCUCUUCCAGGCGUCCAACCCGGACUUUCAAAAGUAUGCAGGCACAUGGAGCGGAGCGUUCAAAGCCAUACGCACGAUAUACACUACAGGAGGCACGAGAGAGCUGUUCCAAGGCCACUCGGCGACCCUCCUGCGUAUCUACCCAUACGCUGCCAUAAAGUUUAUGGCAUACGACGAAUGGCGGGAGCUUCUUAUGCCCACUCAAGAGAGCGAAACGAAUGCGCGGAGGUUCACAGCCGGUGCAUUGGCAGGCCUAACCUCCGUAACAUUCACCUACCCUCUCGAGCUUAUCCGCGUGCGUAUGGCUUUUCAGAGUCAGAGCGGUGGAGCCCGACCCUCCUUCAUGAGCGCCAUGAGGGUCAUAUACAACGAAACCGCCGUCACCCGACCGUCAUCGUCAUCCCCAUCCUCAGCACCAAUAUCGCAAGCACCCUCCUCAGCAUCAUCGCCCUCGCCCUCACUUUCAAACCCCCCACUAUCCCAAACACCCAUCACACAAAAACAGCCCCUCUUCACGCGCUUCCCCAUCCUCAAGUUCUACCGCGGCUUCUCCGUAACCAUGCUCGGCAUAAUCCCCUACGCCGGCACCGGCUUCCUCUUCUGGGACGCCCUCCGCGCGCACUUCUACCCCGUGUCCGCCGGCCGCAAGCCCUCCACGACCGCGAACCUCGUCAUCGGCGCCGUGUCCGGCGCGCUCUCCCAGACCGCCUCGUACCCGUUCGAGAUCGUCCGGCGGCGCAUGCAGGUCGGCGGGCUGACGAGGCCGGAUCGGUGGCUCAGGUGGAGCGAGACGGUGAAGGCGAUAUAUGCGCACCAGGGCUGGAGGGGGUUCUUUGUUGGACUGAGUAUUGGGUAUUUGAAGAUUGUGCCGAUGACUGCCAUUAGCUUUGCAUCAUGGCAGGGGCUGAAGAAGGCAAUGGAGCUGUAG